AUGAAGCUCACACUUAAGACCUUGCAGCAAAAACAGUUUGAAUUGGAUGUCGAGCCUGAAGACAAAGUUAUAGACGUUAAAAGGAAAAUAGAGGAGUCGCAGGGACAUGAAAUUCCAUUACAGAAAUUAAUCUUCUCAGGCAAAAUCUUGGCCGACGAAAAGCCGUUGUCCGAGUAUAAUAUAACCGAAAAAGAUUUCGUGGUCGUUAUGGUCUCAAAGGUAUCCAAGGCGCCAUCCGGCGGAACCGCGAACACAUCUUCUAGCAAAGUUCCUUUAACUUCAGCAGCAGCUUCCCCACAAGGUGCUCCGACAAGAUCAAUAUCUACCGCCACAAGUUCAUCGACUACUCCUCCACCACCCGCACCUGUUGCAGCCCCAGUACCAAGUACGGAUGUUCCUACGACGACUACACCUGCUGAAGGGGCGGAGACGACUCAACCACAAACCGGAGCAACGCAAUCAUCAUUAGGGGAUGUGAACUCUUUAGUUGUCGGUGCUGAAUAUGAGAGUGCGAUACAGAAUAUUAUGGAGAUGGGUUUUGAGCGCGAUCAAGUCGUGAAAGCCAUGAGGGCUAGUUUUAACAAUCCAACUAGGGCUGUUGAGUACUUAAUGACGAACAUUCCCGAUAACGUGGAGCAACAGGCUUCACCUCCUGCUGGCUCUCCCAAUCAGGCAACUGGCAAUACCGGUGUUUCACAAACAACCCAGCCUCAGAACGUACAACCAACACAACCGCGGUCAACACCACCGCAACAAGCAGUUGCCGGGGAUCUUAACUUUUUGAGAAAUCAACCACAAUUUCAACAAUUGCGAAAUUUAGUUCAGCAGAAUCCGGCACUCUUGCCAGCAUUGCUCCAGCAAAUUGGACAGGCAAAUCCCCAGUUAUUGCAGCUCAUUAAUUCAAACCAAGAUACGUUUAUGCAAUUAUUGCAAGAGUCCGGAGGUGAGACAACCGAAGGAGGUCCACAGCCUCAGUACGUCCAAGUGACACAAGAGGAAAAAGCAGCCAUAGAUAGGCUCGAGGCUUUAGGGUUUGACAGAAUGCGGGCUAUUGAGGCGUUUCUUGCUUGUGACCGUGAUGAGCAGCUGGCCGCUAAUUACUUAUUUGAUCAUGGGAACGAUGAAGACUAA